AUGACAAUUUCCAAGUCGAUUUGCAUUGAUACUACUUAUGGAAUCUCUGCAAGAAGUAUGGAAGUUCUUUACUCAAUUGUCACAUGCCAUCCAGAAACAGGCAAAACUGAGAUCAAUGCUAUUACAGUAGUGUUGCCUCAAACUGCAAUUCACUUUUGCAACUUUCAUGUUCUUCGUGCCUGGCAGCAAAAUCUUGACAGCAAAGUGAAAUCAGAUGUAUUAUACAUAUCAGAGCAGCUUGGAAAGUACAAGCAAAAAUUAAAGAAUGGUCUGAAAGAUAUUCUUGUUGAAUCUGAUGAGGAGACGUUCCUGGAGAAAAUUGACUACUUUACAGAGCAUAUUUUGAGUCAAGAUGAUUUUGAAUUUUUCUAUGAUGAAGAAGUAGAAAGAAUUCACGUCAACAAUAGAAGAAUGAGGCCAGUUGAGAACAAGCUAUCUCAACACUCUUAUGCAGCCUCUCAGAUUCAAGAGGACAUACUCUCUACUAUGAUUAUCAGCCCAUCUGGUGAGAUUAGAAACAGUAUGAAUGACUCUGAUGGGGAGUGA